CGGGGAGUCAACCUCGGGGCAGGCAGGUUCGACGCCCGCACACUGCAAGCCUCACUCUGCAUCCGGGAGGCGGGGCCUCGGGCUUCUGCCCAAUUAGGGGCCAUGGGGGGGACGGUGCCUAGACUACGACCAAUCAGAACGGGAGGAGCCGCAGGCUGUCGGAUCACGGUGCGAGCUCGCGGAGUUCGGAGCAAUGUCCAAUCAGGGCCGCGGGGCGCUCGCUGUAUUCCUAUCCAGUCACUUUGCAGGAUAUGGAUCAACGCCCAAUCGGAGCGCGGGGGCAUGUAUCGCGGUGAAAGGCCCGGCCUCCGGAAACUGUCCAAUCGGGCCUGGGGGGCGGGACCCCGCGCUCUCGGACGCGAGUGUGCGGGCGCCGCGGGCUGGUGCUCAGCGGCCCGGAGCCGGCCGAAGUGUGCGGAGCGCGCAGCGCCCACCUGACCCGGCUGCAGUGCCGCGUGGAGGAGUCCUGGAGAGCACGGAGCAGAGCCCCGAGAUGGACUUGGUGGUCUUCGAGGAUGUGGCUGUGGACUUCACCCUGGAGGAGUGGGCCUUGCUGGAUUCUAUGCAGAGGAACCUCUAUAGAGAUGUGAUGCUGGAAACGUUCCAGAAUCUGGUCUCAGUGGAUUAUGAAACACUGUUUAAAGCCAGUGGGUUGGUUUCUCAACAGGAUACGCUUGAAAAAAAAAAAUCUAUUGAACAGAAAAUGGCAAAAUUCACCAGAAAUCAUUCUUGUGCCUACGUUUUAGAAAAAAAUUGGGAAGAUGACAGCACUAAAGGUCAACAUGGAAACCAUGCAAGACAUCAGAGAAAUCCUGCAACAGACAGAUUCUGUGAAAGUAAAGAAAGAAAUCAGCACAGAGAAACUUGCAGCCAGCUUCCUCAUUUUAAUUUCUGCAAGAAUAUUUCCACAGGAGUAAAACUCUAUGAAUGCACCAAGUGUGGGAAAGGCUUCAUGCAUCUUUCUUCCCUUAAAAGGCACGUCAGAUCUCACUGUGGACAAAAACCACACCUGUGUCAGGAACACCAGCAGGCUUGCAUUUGUGGCACAUGCCUGAGAACUCACACUGGAGAGAAGCCCUACGGAUGUAAAUUAUGUGGGAAAACCUUUCCUUAUUUCUAUUCUCUCACACAGCAUAUCCGGAUGCACACUCCGGAGAGAAACUAUGAAUGCAAGCAGUGUGGGAAAACCUUCCAAGAGUUCUCCAGUCUUACUAGACACGUGAAAACACACACUGGGGAAAAGCCAUAUAAGUGCAAGGAAUGCGGGAAAGCCUUCAUGUAUCCCUCAAUCUUUCAAAGACACGUGGUGACACACACAGAGGAGCCGUAUGAGUGUAAGUUAUGCAGAAAAGCCUUCCACCAUUCUUACUCUCUCACUCAGCAUAUGAAGAUUCACACUUCAGGGAAAACCUAUGAAUGCAGGCAGUGUGGGAAAACCUUCCAUGAGUUCUCCAGUUUUACUGGGCAUGUGCGAACUCACACUGGAGAAAAGCCAUACAAGUGUAAGGAAUGUGGGAAAGUCUUUAUUUAUCCCUCUGUCUUUCAAAGGCACAUGAUAACACACACUGGGGAGAAGCUCUAUGAAUGUAAGUUAUGUGGGAAAACUUUUCGACAUCCGUACUCCCUUGCUCAACAUAAAAAGAGACACACAGCCGCGAAAACUUAUAAAUGCAAGCAGUGCGGCACAGCCUCCCGCGGGUUUGCCAGUCUUACUAGACACGUGAGAACCCACACUGGGGAGAAGCCACAUAAGUGUAAGGAAUGUGGGAAAGCCUUCAUUUAUCCUUCUACCUUUCGAAGACACAUGAUAACACACACUGGAGAGAAGCCCUAUAAGUGCAGACAGUGUGGGAAAACCUUCAGUUAUCCCCAGUCUUUCCAACGACAUGAAAAGAGACACACUGGAGAGAAGCCCUAUGAAUGUAAGGAAUGUGGGAAAGUCUUCAGUCGGCCUGAAACCUUCCGAGUCCAUCUGAGGGUUCACACUGGGGAGAAGCUGUAUAACUGUGAGUUCUGUGGGAAGGCUUUCAGUUCCCCCAAGUCCUUCCAGGGGCACAUGAGAAGCCACACUGGGGAGAAACCUUAUGAGUGUAAACAGUGUGGAAAAGCUUUCAGUUGGCCCUCAACCUUUCGAGAACAUCUAAGAAGCCACACUGAGGAGAAACUGUAUAAAUGUGAGAAUUGUGGGAGAGCCUUCAUUUCUUCCAGAUCCUUCCAAGGCCACGUGCGGACUCACACUGGAGAGAAGGCUUAUGAGUGUGCACAAUGUGGGAAAGCCUUUAGUUGGUCCUCAUCAUUACAAAAGCAUGUGAGGAUGCACACUGGAGAGAAACCCCAUAAAUGUAAACAAUGUGGGAAAGCCUUCAAGUGGCCCUCAUCCUUUCGAAACCACAUGAGGAUGCACACUGGGUAGCAGCCCCAGAAAUGCGUGUAAUGUUGGAAGAAUCUUUGUUAGGCCAGGCUUUCUAGAGAGAGAUUCGGUAAUUGUAAGUAAUGUUGAAAUAUCUUGUACUAAUUCAUGUAUUAUACUCUGGGAAGGAAAUACAGAAGUUAUAAACAUGGUAUUGUGUUUGUCAUUACCUCAUUUAACACUGGACCCCUAAAUAGUGAACUUCCGGUUCUUUCACAAAUAAGUGCUCAUGUAAGAACUCUAAGUCCUCCUUCAGCGAGGGUGUGGAAGCUUGAAAAGUGUUCUGGUUUUUUGCCCGAUUUUUCAGUUAAUACCAUUUUCUUUCUUGGUAGUGCUACAGUAAUGUGAAGUGUGCUUUUAUGUGACACAGAGUUUAACUCUCAUACAGUGUAUUGUAGUGUAAGUGCGUGACAGUGAGCGUCAGAUUAUAACGUAGCACCUGACAGCAUUGGACUGCUGCGGCUUCUGUGUCAAAGACCUCCAUGUGGACUAAACAUAGUUGGCUGUUGGGCGCCUGGGUGGCUCAGUGGG